AUGGUGAAUUCCAACACGAAUGGCUGCCAUGAGGGUUUGAAGAAAGAAUGGCAAGAACAAAGCAAGGACUUGGUCCACAAAUGGGCACCCCAGUUGGAGAUUCUAUGUCACAAAUCAACAGGUGCAUUUUUAAGCCACCGUGGAUGGAAUUCAAUAAUGGAGAGUUUAAGCCCGGGGCCUUUGGCAGCCAAGAAGGGGUACAACUCAAAGAUGCUAACGGAAGAAAAGGGUGUGUCCAUAGAGUUAACCAGGGGACUACAGUCUAUCAUUACCAAAGAGGAUGUGAAGAGGGUAAUAUAUAUUGUAAUGGAUAAAGGAGGUAAAGGAGAAGAGAUGAAGAAAAAAGCUGCUGAAAUUGGAGAGUUGAUAAGAGCAUCUGUAAAAAAUGAUGGAAGCAUUAAAGGGUCUUCAAUCAAAGCAAUGGAUGAUUUUGUAUCUGCCCUUUUCUCUACAAGGCAAGAAUUCUCAUAA